CGUCAAUCGACAAUUCACUCUCUGUUGUGUCCGCCAAUUCACUUCACACUCACAACCUGCCAUUAUGCCGCGCUCAUCGUGUGUGGGCCUUCUGUUCCCCUUCCAGACCCAUUGAAUCACCAGAUGGUUAAUAACAAACUCCUAUAACAAGAAACCGGCUUACUCUCGACACCCAGCACAAGUAUAUAGGCUAGCUAGGCGAAGGAUGAAUCCUCUCGGAUCUGUCUCGAUUUACGACUCAAUCUUUCGUACCAUAUUCACCAACGAGGGGAUACGCGCUAUAUUCAGCGACAGGGCUUACAUCUCUCGGUGUAUUGAAGCAGAAGUAGCCCUCGCAAAGGCGGAAGCAACGCUAGAAGUUAUCCCAGCGGAUGCUGCUGAGAAGAUCGCCGAAGGCUGCCAAAGUGUUGCGGAUAAACUGGAUUGGGAACGCCUUCAACACGAUGUUGAAAUAGUCGGAUAUCCUAUCCUGGGAUUGGUUAGACAGCUGGAUAAGUUGUGUGGGGAAAGUGGGAAAUACAUACAUUGGGGUGCUACCACUCAAGAUAUCAUGGAUACCGCAAGCAUUCUCCAAAUCAAAGCUGGGCUUGACAUGAUUUCUCGUCAACUCAACUCGGUCCGAAUAAUACUGGUGGGUCUCGCUGCCAAGUAUCGUGAUGCACCCAUGGCGGGUCGUACGCACCUUCAGCAUGCUCUUCCCAUUACUUUCGGAUACAAAUGCGCAGUUUGGCUUUCUUCUCUGGACCGACAGGAUGAACGCCUGCAGCAGCUGUUAUCCAGAGUGCUGCUGGUUCAGUUUGGUGGGGCUGCAGGUACACUUGCAUCUUUAGGAACCAGCGAUAUUGGCCUCAGGGUUCGAGCUAAAAUGGCGGAGGAACUUGGCUUACAGGUUCCGCUCAUUUCGUGGCAUGUUGCUCGCGACGGUAUUGCAGAAUGUGUUUCGUUUCUUUCGAUUCUUGGGGGAACGCUUGGAAAAAUUGCUUUGGACUUACUUCUCAUGAGCUCCUCCGAGUUUGGGGAGGUUCAAGAACCCUUCGUACCGCACCGGGGGGCGUCCUCUACCAUGCCUCAAAAACGAAACAGCAUAUCCUCCGAAGUCAUUCUUGCCUGCUCGAAACUCCUCCGGCAGCACGCAGCAACGGCUCAGGACGCAAUGGUUUCGGAUCUCGAGCGUGCCUCAGGUCCUUGGCACCUAGAAUGGAGUUGUGUGCCCGAGGCAUUUUGUGCUGCCAGUGGGGCAUUGAAACAGACAGAGUUUGUUCUAGAUGGCCUGGUAGUUGACACGAAGUGAGUGUUAAUUUAUCCUUGUUCAUUGCCUAACCUACGUUUGACAUAUGCAUGAAGUCGUAUGCUCUUGAAUCUGGAUAUGUCUAAAGGGCUCAUUGUUGGGGAAGCAGUCAUGAUGGGCCUUGCACCAGUCUUUGGGCGUAAUGGAGCACACGAUGUGGUAUACGAGGCAUGCAGAGCCUGUAUUGACGAGGGCAAUGCAUCCGGAGUGCAAGGUCGACUCGCUGACAAGCUGAAAUCCAAUCCUCAUGUUACCGGAAAAAUGAAGGAGGAAGAAAUCGAUCGGUUGUGCGAUCCGAUGAAUUAUCUGGGAAGCUGUAGAGUGAUGGUGGACCAAGUGCUCGGAAAGAGGUCCGAACGCUGAGCGCUGAGUGCUGAACUGUCGUUGACUUGCUUCAAGACCGAUUUUAUGAACAUCGGAAGAAGAAAAAUACCAAAUUCGUUGAAACUAUAGCUAGGCCUGUGCCCGGCAAACUUCGAGCUAGCUUGGUAGUUCAUGAUCAGAUAAAUAGGUUGACAAGUUUCACACCUAGGUAAACGGAACGUUGACCAGUCUGAGGUACGCUGAC